AUGCAAAUUAUUUGGCGUGAAUCAUCUGACGAUGCAACAUAUGAGGAGGCACGCGUCGGCCGUGUCUUCAAUCAUCGUCGUCCUCAACGAUUCCCACUCGCAGUUGUAAAAGCUACCUGCGAGGAUGAUAUUGUGGCUGCAGUCAAACUGGCCGCGGAGCGUAACUGUCGUGUUGCCGUUCGCUCUGGUGGACAUUCCUGGGCUGCUUGGAGUGUUCGUGACAAUUCGAUUUUAAUCGACCUUGGGAACUACAAAUACUUGGAUGUAGAUCCCGCGAGAAAGAUGGCCAUAGCCUCUCCUAGCAUGACUGGGAGAGAAAUCAACUCGGUCUUGGUCAAUCAACAUGAACUGAUGUUUCCUGGAGGUCACUGUCCGGAUGUUGGCAUUGGCGGAUUCCUCCUUCAGGGUGGAAUGGGUUGGAACUGUCGCAACUGGGGCUGGGCCUGUGAGCGAGUUCAGGCAGUGGAUGUUGUGACUGCCCAGGGAGAUCUGGUUCAUUGCAAUUCUGUGCAGAAUCCGGACCUAUAUUGGGCAGCGCGAGGGGCUGGACCAGGGUUUCCGGGCAUAGUAACAAAGUUUCAUCUGGAUGUGCUCCCGUACCCGAAGCGAGGGUUCCGAUCGUCGGGUUACGUUUAUCCCAUUUCCAUGUAUCGCGAAGCAUUCCAAUGGGUUCUGGACAUAUCUCCUAGCUUCGACCAGGACACUGAAAUUGCGGCCAUCGCCCAUUAUCCGGAUAGUGACUCCGAGAUGGUCUUUUUCGUGCUUUUUGUUACGAUGAAGAAUGACCCGGAUGAAGCAGAAGCAGCCCUCCGUUCCGCCCAAGAGACACGACCAGCAGGCUCUAUUGAAGAAUGGUUUUGUCAAGAGGACAGUCUUGAGAAGCAAUAUGUCAAUCAAGCAGACAAGAACCCGGAAAGGCACCGUUACUGUACAGAUAAUGCGUAUAUCCAUAAUGAUGCCGAUGUACCUGGUGUUCUCGAGGAGGCAUUCACUACUCUCCCCCCACAAGAAAGCGUUUUCGCUAUGGAAGAAAAAGAUGACCCUCGCUGCCUGGAAUGGGUUCGCAAUGUGAUGAAGAAGGUAGAGAGGCAUUCAGUUGGAGCAUACCUAGGGGAUUCCGACUUCCAAGUCCGCAAGACCAAAUACUGGUCUGAUGAGAAUGCCAAGCGACUGAUGGAGAUUCGACGCAGUUUCGAUCCCCAGGGCAGAAUUUGUGGCUAUUUGGACCAAGGGGAUCUCUCCGGCACGAAGGGGCUGGACAAUGCUCACCAAUGGAAAAUGUGA